CAAGAUUACAAACUAACCUUCCUGCUACUCCCAACAAACUCGGAGUCUUCUUCAGUUUCCGAACCUUUUACAUGUGCUGUGGAUGCUUACUUGACACCUGUAAGCAAGGUUUGCUCUUGUCUUAAGUUGGGACCUUCUAAGAAAUUAAGCUUGAAUCAUGGCUGAAGAUUUGGAGAAACCAUUGCUUGAUCCUGAGAAUUUCAACAGAGAUGCAAUUGAUCUGGAACGCCUACCUUUGGAAGAAGUUUUUGAACAACUGAGGACAUCUCGUAGGGGACUUUCAUCUGAUGAUGCUGAAGCCCGCUUAAAGAUUUUUGGGCUUAAUAAGCUUGAAGAAAAGCCAGAGAACAAAUUCUUGAAAUUUCUUAGUUUUAUGUGGAAUCCUUUGUCAUGGGUUAUGGAAGCUGCAGCAGUGAUGGCAAUUGCCCUUGCUAAUGGUGGAGGGGAGGGUCCUGACUGGCAGGACUUUGUGGGGAUUGUUUGUCUACUGGUUAUCAACUCAACAAUCAGUUUUCUAGAGGAAAACAAUGCUGGGAAUGCUGCAUCAGCACUUAUGGCCCGUCUGGCCCCAAAAACAAAGGUCCUCAGAGAUGGCCAGUGGCAAGAGCAAGAUGCGGCUAUUCUUGUACCUGGAGAUAUAAUUAGCAUAAAGCUUGGUGAUAUCAUCCCUGCGGACGCACGCCUGCUUGAGGGAGACCCACUAAAAAUUGACCAGUCAGCUCUUACGGGAGAAUCUCUUGCUGUCACAAAAAGGACAGGGGAUGAAGUCUUUUCUGGUUCGACAUGUAAGCAAGGAGAGAUUGAAGCUGUUGUGAUAGCCACUGGAGUUAAUUCUUUUUUUGGGAAAGCAGCACAUUUAGUUGACUCCACUGUAGUUGUUGGGCAUUUCCAGAAGGUCCUUACUUCCAUUGGGAACUUCUGCAUUUGCUCGAUUGCUGUGGGGAUGGUUAUUGAAAUCAUUGUCAUGUAUCCCAUUCAGCACCGUUCAUACCGAAAUGGAAUUAACAACCUUCUUGUUCUAUUAAUUGGGGGAAUACCCAUAGCUAUGCCCACUGUAUUAUCUGUUACACUUGCAAUUGGUUCUCAUCGCCUCUCUCAACAGGGUGCUAUUACAAAACGGAUGACUGCGAUUGAAGAAAUGGCUGGAAUGGAUGUCCUCUGCAGUGAUAAAACUGGAACGCUUACUCUAAAUCGUCUCACUGUUGAUCGAAACCUUGUUGAGGUUUUUAACAAAGACAUCAACGAAGACACAGUUAUUCUGCUUGCAGCUAGAGCAUCAAGACUUGAGAAUCAAGAUGCUAUUGAUACAGCUAUCAUAAACAUGCUUGCUGAUCCAAAGGAGGCACGUGCAAACAUCACUGAAGUUCAUUUUCUACCCUUCAACCCUGUGGACAAACGGACUGCAAUUACAUAUAUUGAUUCUGAUGGUAACUGGCAUCGAGCCAGCAAAGGAGCACCAGAACAGAUUCUAAAUCUAUGCAAAGAAAAAGAACAGAUUGCUGGCAAAGUACAUGCCAUUAUUGACAAGUUUGCUGAAAGAGGAUUGAGAUCUCUCGGAGUUGCGUAUCAGGAAGUUCCUGAAAAAUCUAAAGAGGGACAUGGAGGUCCUUGGACAUUUUGUGGGCUGUUGCCAUUGUUUGACCCUCCUAGACAUGAUAGUGCAGAGACCAUUCGCAGAGCACUUAACCUUGGGGUCUGUGUGAAGAUGAUUACGGGUGACCAGUUAUCUAUUGCAAAGGAGACAGGCCGGCGUCUUGGCAUGGGAACAAACAUGUAUCCUGCUUCUUCAUUGCUGGACCAUAAUAGAGAUGAACAUGAAGCUCUUCCUGUGGAUGAGCUCAUUGAAAAGGCAGAUGGCUUUGCUGGCGUAUUUCCUGAACAUAAGUAUGAGAUUGUGAAAAUUCUACAAGAAAAGAAGCAUAUUUGUGGAAUGACUGGAGAUGGUGUAAAUGAUGCACCUGCUCUAAAGAAAGCGGACAUCGGAAUAGCAGUGUCAGAUGCUACAGAUGCUGCGAGGAGUGCUGCCGAUAUAGUCUUAACUGAGCCUGGUUUAAGUGUCAUUGUCAGUGCUGUCUUAACAAGCCGGGCUAUAUUCCAAAGAAUGAAGAACUACACAAUUUAUGCUGUAUCCAUAACCAUAAGGAUUGUGCUAGGUUUUAUGCUGAUGGCAUUGAUCUGGGAGUAUGAUUUCCCACCUUUCAUGGUGCUAAUAAUAGCAAUACUGAAUGAUGGGACCAUCAUGACCAUUUCUAAGGAUCGUGUGAAGCCAUCCCCAAGACCAGACAGUUGGAAGCUCAAUGAGAUCUUUGCAACGGGAAUUGUUAUUGGGACUUAUCUUGCAUUAGUCACUGUUUUAUUUUACUGGAUUGUGAAAAGCACCACUUUCUUUGAGACUUACUUCCAUGUAAGGUCCCUGAGCAGCAGUAGCGAGGAGAUAUCAUCUGCCAUAUAUCUGCAAGUCAGCAUCAUCAGCCAGGCUCUUAUUUUUGUUACUCGCAGUCAAAGUUGGUCCUUUGUGGAGAGACCUGGGACCCUCUUGAUGUGCGCUUUUGUGAUUGCUCAACUGGUUGCCACCUUGAUUGCGGUUUAUGCUCACAUCACCUUUGCUUCAAUCCGAGGCAUUGGAUGGGGUUGGGCUGGUGUCAUAUGGAUCUACAGUGUGAUCUUCUACAUACCCUUGGAUAUUAUCAAAUUUAUUGUUCGUUACAUUUUGAGCGGAGAGGCCUGGAAUUUAUUGUUCGAUAGAAAGACAGCUUUUACUUCUAAGAAGGACUAUGGGAAGGAAGACAGGGAGGCUAAGUGGGUGCUUUCUCAGAGUACCCUACAAGGACUGGCACCUUCAGAAUUGGAGACCAAUGGGCGGCAGUCUUCUCUGAUUGCUGAACAGGCCAGGCGGCGGGCCGAAAUUGCUAGGUUGAGGGAGUUACACACAUUAAAAGGACAUGUCGAAUCAGUUGUGAGACUGAAAAAUUUGGACAUAAAUAUAAUCCAAACAGCUCAUACCGUCUAAAACCACAAAAUGGAGAUUGACUCGAGUUGGAGAGCACUCGAGCAAGAUGUGUUUAGUUUGUAGUUUCUGCGGUCCGCGGAGUGAAGUCAUCUUGGCACAAAGUAUGACUGUCGGAAAAGCUUUGUGGUUUAUGGCUUCAGCAGAUUUGGUAGAAACCAACUGUUAUUGGUACUGGGUAAUGCUGACGAUGAUGAAUGAUAAUUUGUAAGAGAUUGGUAUUUUUCAUCAAUGGGUUGCCCAAAAAAUGGUGGUGAUUUGAGCAAUUACACUCUUUGAUUCAUUUGGCUCCAAAGGU